GUUCUGUGAUUUGAGGCCGAGCCUGCUGCCUACCUGCCCUUGGCUUCACCCAACAAACUUUGGAAGCGAAAUGUGCCCUAUUUAAGCGUACAUUACGGCAUGCGAUGGCCAGAUGUUGUGCCCAACGCCGUAUGACGAAGCUUCCCAAGGCCGCCGCUUGUGGGCAGCGUCCUCCCGAACGUCUCAGCUUGCAACCGCAGCGGCCGCCCGGCCCAACAGCCUUGUCGAGUUCCAGGAUGACCCAGCUUCCGCGCGAAAGAGAAAACAGUCAGUCAGUCAGGCCUCCACGAUCUGGGGGACGCAUUGUGUGCUCAUUUUUUGUUGAUGCUUCAUUAUGCGCUGUUCAGCUCGUUCCAUUAGAGUGGAAUGCACAUCGUUCGUCUCAUCAUUCAGGUAGUGGGCAGUGCUGUUGACAUCAGAUGAGCCAGGUACUGCAGGUGCCCACUUCACUCUCACCAGGCCUGCUCACCUUGCCCCUCCCCCUCCAAGACCCCUGCUUGCCAUUAGGAUUCGGCCCCGCUCUGAGCCCUCCGUUCCCAGGCAGCACCCCAACUUUGCCAAAGCCUGCUGACCUCACUUCUCAC